CGUCUGAGGGCAUCAGAGAAUGAAGACUUUGAUCUGAGGCUGGUGGACUCAGAUCAACAAAGUGAAACAUCCCAGGCUUUAUUCGGAGUCAUGGAGAGGACCCUGAGUGCCCUCAUUGCCUGCCCUCCUGCCCCCACUACUGCCUACUGUCUCUAACCAGUGUCACCAUGCCUCGGGGGCAGAAGAGCAAGCUUCGUGCCCGUGAGAAACGCCGUCAGGCCCGGAGUGAGGCUCAGGGUGUCCGGGAUGCUCAGGCCACUACAGCAGCUGAAGAACAGCCCCCUUCUCCCCCCCUUCCUCUUUUUGGUGGUAAUGCCCAGAGCUCCUCAGCUGCUGGGUCAGAUAGAAAAUCCCAGAGGUCCUGUAGAGCCCCAUCCACUACCACUACUUCUGCAGGGGUUUCACACACAAGAUCUGAUGAAGGUGCCAAGAGCCAAGAUGAGGAAAGACCAAGCACCUCUCAGGCACAGCCCAGCACUGAUCAUUACCGCAGAACCCCUCUAGAUGACAAGGCAAUUCUAUUGGUGCAAUUCCUGCUGCGCAAGUAUAACAUGAGGGAGCCCAUAACAAAGGAAGACAUGAUGAAGUAUGUCAUCAAAAAGCACAAGGAGCACUUCCAUGAGAUCCUGAGGAAAGCCUCUGAGCUAAUGGUGCUGGCCUUUGGCAUUGAUCUGAAGGAAGUCGACCCUACCAGGCACUGCUAUGCCCUUGUCAGCAAAUUUCAGCGCACCUCUGAUGACAUGCUGAGAGGUGAAGAAAUCAUGCCCAAGACAGGCCUCUUGAUGACUAUCCUCUGUGUGAUAUUCAUGAAGGGCAACCGUGCCACUGAAGAGGAUAUCUGGGAAGUACUUAAUGUGAUGGGGAUAUAUGCUGAAAGGAAGCACUUCAUCUAUGGGGAUCCCAAGAAGCUCAUCACCCAAGAUUUGGUGCAGGAAAGGUACUUGCAGUACCAGCAGGUGGCCAACAGUGAUCCUCCACGCUAUGAGUUCCUGUGGGGUCCGAGAGCCCACGCUGAGACCAGCAAGAUGAAAGUCCUUCAGUUCUUGGCCAAGAUCCACAAUACGGUCCCCAGUGCCUUCCCAUCCUGGUAUGAAGAGGCUUUGCAAGAUGAGGAAGAGCGAGCCCGAGCCAGAUUUGCAGCUCUGCUUCGUACUGGUGCCCUGGCCAACGUGCACGCCAGGGCCAAUUUUGGCAGCUUCUCCCACCUGUAGUGAAACCUGAAGCACUUUCCUCACUUUGUGUUUGAAAUAGUGUGAGGCCUUAGGUGGUGCUAGAGGGAACAUAGUGCAUAUCAUAUGUUCUACAUGAAUAACUUAUAAAUUUAUCUUUUGUUGUUCAAAGUUUUCAAAUGUUUCUUUUUAAAAAAGUUUAAUUAGCUUCACAAUGUAAGUGUAUGAAUAUCAGUUACAUAUUUAAUGCUAUUUAUGAGAUUUAAGAGUAAGAGUUGUGCUAUUUUAUCAAACAAACUGGGUAACUUUCCAUCUUAUUUGGUGCUCUGGAACAAGAAAACAUAGCAUUGGAAUAGCUAUUUCCUUAGAAAUGUGAAAGAAGUUAGCAACAAAAUGCUGGGAUCAAAAAAUAGAGAAAAAAAGUAAAAGAUAGUCAAUUUUUGGUUUUUCCUUAUUCCUUGUCUUCUGCUGUUCUGUAAAAUAAAAGUUAUA